UCAAAGGAGACCUGAGCAUUAAAAAAAAAAAAAAAAAACACUGCUCAAGGGGAAUGUGAUGGGUACAUAUCAACUCUUGUCCUUUCCCUGGUUCAGUGUACUGUACAAUUUACAGCUCCUUUUACAGCUUCUGCACACCAUUAGUUAUAUCUUACAUGGCCUUCAGAAACGUUAUUGCAAGCAUGCACUACCCAUUUUUUUUUAACAAUGUAGCACUGUCCUGAUUCUUCUUCUUUCACUUAUUAGAGCGUAGCUUUAGGAUCGAAACUUCUGCUUUGCAUGUAUCCUCUUGUUUCCAACUCCUAUUGUUAUUCUAUUAAUUUAAUUGGACUGCAGAAUGCUUUUUUAAUUGUUUUCUUAGGAAAACAUCAGCUUGGCAGCCAGUGUAAAUAGGCUGUUAGGCUGUUGCAAGUAAAGUUAAUGUGUAUUAUUAAUGCAAAGUAUCAAAGGGAAAGUAUCAAAAAAAUAACUGGGGAAAUGUGAUUUGAAGCAAUUUUCCCAUUUUAUAAGAAAACCAGGGUUUUGGAUUCAAAGACGUGCAGAUAUGUAGAGCAAAUUACAGAAUUUAUAUCUUAAUGUUUAAAAGUAACAACAGUUAUUAAGAGAUUGCCUAGAAACAAAAUGCUAUUUACAAUAAAGUAUGCCUUUAGUUCUUGGUAGAAGACUUUACAUUUGUUACACAAGCAACACUUGAGAUAAAAAAAAAACUAGUCACUUUUCCUUAUUAGUAGUUUCCCUUGUUUAAAUUUUUUUCACAGGACAUCUGUUCUGAUAAAGAAGCAACAUCCUUCUUCCAGAGUGAAAGUAGCAGCAGUAGCAAUAUCUCCACCAUGCUGGUGACACACGAUUAUACGGCAGUGAAGGAGGAUGAGAUUAAUGUCUACCAAGGAGAAGUCGUGCAAAUUUUAGCCAGCAACCAACAGAACAUGUUUUUGGUGUUCCGAGCCGCCACUGACCAGUGUCCUGCAGCCGAGGGCUGGAUCCCCGGCUAUGUCCUGGGACACACCAGUGCAGUCACUAUUGAUAACUCUGAUGGAACAAUGAAGAAGUCGUCAUCUUGGCACACAGCACUCCGCCUAAGGAAAAAAUCUGAGAAAAAAGACAAAGACGGCAAAAGGGAAGGCAAAUUAGAAAAUGGUUACCGUAAAUCGAGAGAUGGACUCGCCAAUAAGGUUUCCGUGAAGCUUCUCAACCCCAACUAUAUUUAUGAUGUUCCCCCAGAAUUUGUAAUACCAUUAAGUGAGAUGACGUGUGAGACAGGAGAGACUGUCAUUCUUAAAUGCAAGAUCUGUGGUCGUCCAAAAGCUUCAAUCACUUGGAAAGGUCCUGAUCAUAACAUAUUGAGCAAUGACAGCCAUUACAGCAUCUCUUGCAGUGAUUUAGGAGAAGCAUAUCUGAAAAUCAUUGGUGUGACCACAGAAGAUGAUGGUGUCUACACGUGUAUAGCUGCAAAUGAUAUGGGUUCAAUUUCCACUAAGGCUAGUCUGCGAGUUUUAGGUCCUGGAAGCGAUGGAAUCAUGGUAAUCUGGAAGGAUAACUUUGAUUCCUUGUAUAGUGAAGUGGCUGAGCUUGGCAGGGGCAGGUUUUCUGUCAUUAAGAGAUGUGAUCAGAAAGGAACCAAGCGAGAAGUAGCCGCUAAAUUCGUAAAUAAGAAAUUGAUGAAACGAGAUCAGGUCACCCGUGAACUUGGAAUUAUGCAGAAUCUCCAACACCCUCAGCUUAUUGGCCUUCUUGAUACCUUUGAGACUUCCACCAGUUAUAUCUUGGUGUUAGAAAUGGCCAACCAGGGUCGCCUUCUUGAUUACAUUAUACAAUGGGGAAAUCUCACUGAAGGAAAGAUCAAGCUGUAUCUGCGGGAGAUUCUGGAAGCUGUACAUUAUCUUCACAAUUGCAGAAUAGUACACUUGGACCUAAAGCCCGAAAACAUUCUGGUGGAUAAGAGUUUGGCCAAAGCAACAAUCCGAUUGGCUGACUUUGGAGAUGCAGUUCAACUCAACACUACUUAUUAUAUCCACCAGUUAUUUGGGAACCCAGAAUUUGCAGCUCCUGAAAUUAUCCUUGGAAAUCCCGUCUCCCUGACCUCAGAUGUGUGGAGCAUUGGAGUGCUCACAUAUGUCCUCCUUAGUGGCGUGUCUCCUUUCUUGGAUGAAAGUGUAGAGGAAACCUGCCUGAACAUUUGUCGCUUAGACUUUAGCUUCCCAGAUGACUACUUCAAAGGAGUAAGCCAGAAGGCCAAAGAUUUUGUAUGUUUCUUAUUGCAGGAUGACCCAGCCAAGCGUCCUUCUGCUGCACUGGCCCUCCAGGAGCAAUGGCUGCAGCCAGGCAGUGCCAAAAGUGCUGACAGCAUUGACAUAGCCAGACUGACUUCAUUCAUUGAGCGGCGAAAACACCAGAACGAUGUUCGACCCAUUCGUAGCAUUAAAAACUUUUUACAGAGCAGGCUCUUGCCAAAAGUUUAACCUAUCUUUGAUGUUCUCUCUCAUUCUCUUUCACCUGUCAGUUAAACUGAGGAUGAAGCUCUCCUGCCAAUCAGCUGUUGACUUGAAUUUGGGGUGAAGAAGAUAAAAAAAACAACAACCAAUCAGCUGCUAGCAUGGUUCAUCGUGUGAAAAUGUAUUCCAAGUAAAUCUGCGCACGAUUGUACUUGGGACUAGCAGUGUAAAACUAUGUUGGGGUGGAGGACUACAACACUGUACUCUGCAAAAGGCAAUGAAGAACAUUAUACUUACAACAGUAUUUUAUUCAGGUUUCUGCAAAAAAAAAAAAACACUUUUUUUUUAGAAAAAAGUCGAAUGAGAAUUAAAAUUUUGCGAAUGACCUUAACUAGAAUUUUCAAGAUUUUAGACAAAGGAACUCUGCCUAUGAUCAAAGCACUGGUGUUAAAAAGACAAAAUAUGGACACUGACACUUAAAAAUGAUUUAACGAAAUGGCUGUCCAUUUGGAUGGUGCCCAUUUUGGACCAUCCAGUUUUUCUUUUCAUUUUUGACUUGGACAUAGAGCUUUCCAGUUGCCUCGCCUGUGUAUACCUUGCAUAGCAGGGCACUGAGAUCAGGCUCUGCUUUUAAGUGCAUCCAACCUCAAGAUUUUUGCAUACAGAUAGAAUGAACCAUUUUGCUCUGAUAAAAUGUAGGCCUUACUUGUAAAUAGACUAUUACCUGCCUUCAAUCUGUGUCUCUAUUUUUUGCCCUCUUUUCCUUCCUCCUAAAUGGUGGUAUACCACUGUGCGGGUCUUUAGUUCAGGUCAGCUUUGGCUGGACCUAUCAGAAAAGAACUCCUGAGUUUGGUAACAAAUAGGCCAACCUCUACCAUCAAGCAGGAAACAGCAGGAAGAUAAUACUGUAAAUGCACUCACUUUGGGAUUUUUUUUUUUUUAAAUUUUAUUUCAUAUCAUGUGCAAUGUUGUGGCUUUAACAUUUUAUGCAACUAUUUAUGAGACCUUCAGUUGUAACUGUAAUAAAUAUAUAGGAAAAAAAAAAGCACAUUCAUAGUAUGGUGAGCUUUAUGACUUUGUGCUUGGAAAUUCCAGGGUCGGGGUGGGCGAAGGUUUAUCAAUAUGUUGUAAACUAGUUGAUGCUUAUCUUAGAACUUUGUUAAAAGGUCAACCUGGUUUUAAAAGAUUGUAAAAUUAUUUUCAUCUCCUGAAAAACAAACUGGAUUUUAAAAAUGGGGAAUGUUUUAUUGAAGUUUGGUUUGGUUUGGUUGGUUGGUUGUUCAAAAUGCCAAAGUAUUAUUUUCCCCUCAAAAUUAAUUUCUAUUUUAUAGAAUGUUCAGAUUUGUCUACUGCUUUUUCUACAAUACUAAGCAAAGUUUGUGUUCUUCAAAGAAAAUGCUAUCAAGCAACCAUGGACCAGAACCUGACAUCAGAUGGCAAGCUCUUUAUUGAAUUAAAAAAAAGAUUAAUAGGUGGAAUAUUGAGAUAUUAACGGUUUUCUGUGCAUUAGACAAGGACAUCCAGUCACAUAUAUUUCUUGUGUGUAAUGAGCCUUGGGGAAAAAAAUAAGCCGGCAUCCCAUACAAAAUAGUUAUACGACCCAUCUUAAAACUAUCACCUGGUUAUAAUUUUAGUGUUUGUGGCUCCCAUUGUAAACUAUUUAUUUUUCUUUUGUUUUUCUUUUACUUUUGUAAAACUGUACAGAAACUUUUAAAAUAAGAAUUGAAAUCAAAACUGGAUGGAUGUACAUUCAUACCAACCAUAACUUUUUUGCUUCAGAAUUAUUUUAUUUCCUACCUUAGUUGAAGUUUCACUUUAUUUUGCAUGUAUAUUUUUUGUACAGUGAUGUUGCGUGUUUACACAGUAUGAUGUGAUGUAUAUAUUUUAUUUUGCCAUUAGUUAUUUUUUAAAAAAAUUAAACAUAUUUAACAAA